GUACAAUCGGAAUUAAAGUACAAAGACGUAAAAGCCACUGAUCAAACUGUAACUAUAUUCUAGGUUUACAAACCACCCUUUAUACAUAACAUAGAAAAUGCUGCCAAAGCUAAUCCUCGCAUACGUCUUGCUUGGCGGAUGGCUAGCGACGUUGGCGGCGUCGACACGGAAUCACGCCUUUAUUGGGUAUCACGAAAGCGAACGCCGAAGCGCGGUAUCUCAAGUAAACACACACAAAUCCCCUGCCUUCAAGGUCAAGAUAUCUUCUUCUUACGGAGAGUUUAUCAUCAAGCUGCGUCCAGACCUGGCUCCCGAUACAUGCCUGCUGGUGUGGGAGUUGGCGCAAAAGGGCAAUUGCCCCGCCUGCAAGUUCUACCGCCAUGAGCCUGUGCCGAUGGACUGGGGCCAGGCCGGCUUCUACGGCCCCCCCUACGCGCUGCUGCAGGGCAGUCUGGCGGACCUGGCCCGGGAGCCGCCCUUUGAGAACAGCGCCAAGCUGCCCGUCAAGAAGGGCCACGUGUGCAUGAUCCCCGGCUGCAAGGAGUUCUUCAUCGCCACCGCAGACCAUCCGGAGUGGGGGGCCAGCCACACCAUUUGGGGGGAGGUUGAGGACCUCUCCGCUGAGCCCUCCUACCCCUUUGAGCCCUUCCACUCCAUCACCAACAAGGACAACAUCACCACCCGCUGGCUGGACAACACCUACACCUUUGACCUGUCCGCCAUCGAGCCCCUGCCGGAGCAGCCGCGGCGGCAGCAGCGCCCGCAGCAGCAGC